GGCAGACACAGAGAACAAGACAUCAAAAUAUCAAGUUGGAUUUUACGCGCCGCAGCCGCAGGAGCCGCCACCGCGACGCGCGCGUCCUGCACGUUGGGCUCGUUUGACGCAUCGGAGGAGACAGAGACAGAGACAGAGACGCACAGGGACCGGGAGCCGGGCGGCAGACAGGAUGAAGCUUGCAGUCUUGUGUUUGUGCGUCCUGCAUGUGACCUUCGCAGACGCCGGAAUCUUCGCCCGCAACGAACCUCAAGCGACCAACAGGAAUCUGUCCGCCAACAGGGAGCGAGCCACCCAGAGCGCAGCAGGGACUUCAAACCAUGGAAGACAGAGGCCGCUGUUCGCAAGGAGAGGACAGUAUGAACGGCAGAGUGUGCCGAAGCCCGGAGUGGUUCAUGUUUCUCCAAAUGUCCUGCCUCGUCCCCGUAAAGUGGCACCCAAACCUGUGAUGCCCACGUGCUCUCAGCCUGCACAAACCUGUUUACCCCAGUCUGGCUGCUGUGGACCACACAACAUGUGUCACUGCCGCUUCUUCAACGCUAUCUGCUUCUGCCGGAGAAAAAACUCACAAUACGAGAAGAAAACAUAAAAUAGAGCCGCAUGCAUGGGGUCCACGAAGAUUGGGAGCCUUUGGAUGCUUGGUAAAGUAAGGACUGGAAUGCAAACUGCUUAUUGCUGAGUUACUGGCAAAAUCAGUGUUAGUUGCAUAUAUGCAUGAUCCAAAAAUAUGAAAGUGUGUUAUUCCAGUUUUUGACACAGUUUAGACACUUAAUUAAAACUUUGUGUAAAAUUUGAUGUACAAAGUGAAGUAUGGAGUAGGUGUUUCUUAAACGUAUGUUAUGUCUGUACUCAAUCAUGUGUUCAUUUGAAAUCCAGUCUGUUUUUUAAAUAUUUAACAAAUGAAAUGCUAUGCAUGUACAUGUAUCUCUAUUUAUUCAUGAAUUUAUUCCAUUUUCAAGGUUUUGGUAUGGUCCCGAUGUUUUUUUUUUUAAGACAUGGUUGGUUUUAAAUGAAGUGUAUUUUUUUUUAGAUCCAGUGUGUACAAUUCUGGGGUAAUCUAUUGGCAGAAAUAUUAUUAUAAUAUUCAUAAUUAUGUUUUAGUUAGUGUAUAUGUCACCUGAAAUUAAGAAUUGUGUUUUCAUUACUUUAUAACAUCAGGAGCGGGUCCUCUUACACAGAGUCCGCCAUGUUGCUAUAGUAGCCCAGAAAGGACAAAUCAAACACCGGGUCUAGAGAGGGACAUUUUAAAGUUACCGUCUACUACAUGCUUGGAGGGAAAAGGUGAGGAGAAGGGAAUUCGGUUAGUUGCAUUCUGCAACUUCACCACUAGAUAUGACUAAAUCCUGCACACUGAACCUGUAAAGGUUUGCGUAACCAUGUGCAUUCAUUCAUUCAUUUGAAACUGAGAGGAUAUUUAGGAUGAUGUGAAACGCCACUAUGAGACGAAGCAAGAAGCUUUUGAACAAUCAAGUCUGAACUGAGGUCCAGGAAGAUUAGCAGUCUCAGAGCCCAAUACGAUCAUCCACCAGGAUUUUAAUCCAUUCUUUCACUGCCCAACAACAUGCUCAUGAAUGUUCCCUCGGAGUUGCUUGGAUCUGAGGUCAACACAAAAAGCCCUUUACAGACGGAGGUGUUGUCAAGGAGUGCAUGAGUGCAGUAGCAGAAACAUUACUUGAGGGUAAACAAAAAGAAGAGCUUUGUGACAAAAUAAAGCAAAUACCUUUGUCAGCAGGAUGAACCCAUUCAUAAGACACCAUGUGUAGGCUUGACUGUAGAUGAGUCCACUGAGGUGUCUGACAAUGCUCAGUUGUUAGUUUAUGCAAGGUUCUUCAACAAGUUGCAUCUGGGCUUCUCCCGAUGCAACUGAUUGAUCUCCAAGCAGAUGUGGCCCUGAAAGAGCAGUUUGGAAGAACUGACCCUGCCACCGUCUGGCUCCAAAUGGUCUCUGAGACAGCUUUACCAGGUCUGAGGAAAGUAGCCCUGUACAUCUUGACCAUGUUUGGCUCCACAUACUGCUGCGAGGCAGCUUUCUCCACAAUGAACAUAAUUAAAACUAAAUAUCGUUUCAGGCUCACCAAUGAGCACCUGCACAUGUGUACGAGAAUGGCCCUGACACCAUUCCAGCCCAAAUUUUAAACCCUGGCAGGACAAGCUAGAGCUCAAUUCUCUCACUGAACAACAGGAAGUGGGGAAGUGGAAUAGGCUAUAACUGGGAAAGUUGUGAGAAACUGUAAAACUAAAAUUGUUAAGAUCUUUUGAGAUCUAUCCGUUAUUAAAAUUGGUUGAGACUGUUAAGUCGAGAUGUGAAAGUUACAGAAAAGGGGAAACUCAAGCUGCUGCUACACUUUAUUUUGUAUUUUUUCUGAAAUCAAGCACUUUGUUUUAAGAUGCACAAUUUAAAUAUCAUUUGUAAAAUGCAGUCCUUCUUUAACUUCAUAAUAGAAGAAGAUUGUUCAUAGGCUAUAUCUAAAGUAACGUAUUAUAUAUGUUUCAAUGUUAACAAUAAAUUUUGUUAAAAUGUUUUUAACUUGUAUGUUCCUUGAUUUGACAUUCCAUUGUUGAUUACAGACAUUGAUAGAACUACUAGGCUACUUCUGUAUAUAUCACAAUCAUAACGCAAGUUAGACAUUAUGAUGUUCCGGACCUUUGCUUGAGGAGAUUUUCUCUAACUGGACCUUUUCAAUUUUUUGUUGAAUACCCCUGAUCUAUAUUACUGGAUUUGGAGCUCAGACAAUCACGUGAGGAUUUCCAUAAAUUUUGAAACGUGUCAGGAGGAUCUCAUAAACUGAAAAGGUAUGAACUCACAUCCGAAUCAAUAAUUUCUCUUGAAUUGUUACAAUAAUAAGAUGAAAUAAAACAUUAAUGAUGAAA